AAAUUAUCAUUUUCCAUUUACUGAUCACAUAUCAGUAUUUUAGAAUUAUUGUUGGCAAUUAGUCAGAAUCUAAAUAUAAAACAUUACGAAUUUUGGAAUAAGUCAUGUGUAAUAAUUUGUUUCAUCUUAAUCAUUUUUUUUUUCAUAUAUUCGUCAUUAAUUUCAUGGUCUCAGCUGCAAGGGAAUCGUGGUCUUAAACAUAAUUUUUUUAAAGUUUUGAGAUUGAGAAUAUAUUACAAUUUUACCAAAUUAAGAAAACAUAUUUUAGGAGCAAAAGCUAAUAGAGACAGCCCUGUUCCAUGACAGAAAUAGCAGACGACAGUGCGCUGUGUCUUUCAACCGCUCGCGAUCCCUGGACGUGAUAACGGGAGACCCGCGAUCGUUUUACUUUUUAUCGAAAUUACGAAAGUUAUACGAACGACGAUUUUACGAAUAUGGCUGAGAUAACGGAUUUCGGUCCACGAAAGACGGUUUUUAUUCUGGCCAUUGUGGCUGGCUGCUUCGCGGUAUUAUGGCCGAAAAUUUUCUAUCCUAUGCUCACAGCAUCUGUCACUCCACAUCACACAUCCGACAGCUCUGCCUGCUGCGACGUAAUAUUUGAAAGUGAUGUCAAUGCUGCUGAUAUUAUGUAUGAAAUAUGUCAGAAUAUAUUGAAGCAUCAUCAAGUUGAUCCACGAGUAAGGGAUGCUCUGAAAACUAUAAAGCUGACACCCCAAAGCGCAAGUUUAUGUAGAGAAGAAAUUUUAGCCAGAUGUGGCAUAGAUUUAUCUACAUUUCUUGCAGAAAGGGAAAGCUUGGGAAAAUCUAAUAAACAAGUUUUGGAAGAAAUCAGAUCAUUUAAUGGUUCCCUAUGCCUUAAGAUGCAUUUUGGUAUACCCCUUUCUCAGUUAGGAACUCCACAUCUCAUCAGAUAUCAUAUUUUAAUGCCACACAUAACACUACGACAAGAACGACGUACACCUCCUCAUGCAGGUGGUCUACAUCCUGCAUUGAGAGAACGUGGAAGAGCCAUACCUUCCUCUCACAUUGUACCAAAAGUGGUAGAUAGACCUGAUCAUGUUGUGCCAAAAAUGAGACCACCCUUGGGAGGUGCAGGUCAUGUUGUUUCUGCACCAAAAGGAAGUAGUACAAUGGGAAUCAUCAUGCCACUAUAUACUUUAGGCAUUGUACUGUUUUUCCUGUAUACAAUUGUCAAGGUGUUGAAGAAAAAUUCGGAUAGCGAGAUCAUUUCGGAAUAUCCGGGAGUUGCGGCGGAAAAAGAAUUUCGAAAAAUGGUAUUUAGUCCCGAGGCUUUCGCUAGCGCAAUGACUGGUGGUACAAUGCAUUAUCAAAAGGAUAGAUCGGAAACACCCGAGGGACCCGCCCCCACCAUAGAGGAAUUAAAGGAUCAAGCGGCAGGAGACAUAGAGAUAGAUCAACUGAGACGACGUUUGGUCGAGACGGAAGCAGCCAUGGAAAGAAUUGUUGUCCAGAUGGGCAACAUAUCACGUUCAGUUAUGCAUAGUCCAAGCUCACAACAAGAACUCAAGGACGGUACCGUUGUCCAGGCUGAGCAUAGUAAUACAGAUGAUGAAGUAGAAAAUAUAGAAAAUUCGCCGACUAUUAAAGUCAUGGGUAUGGAAAUGACAGCUAGUUGCGAGGGUAAGGGUAGUAGACCUACUACUCCUAUAAUACCUAUUUCACCUAGUCAUGUUGAGAGGGAGAAAACACCGCCUAAACCUAUCUAUUUAGAAGGUGCACUUCCUCCACAAUGUGAAUUACUCGUAACCGAUUCAAAAACACAAGCUCAAAAAGCAGAAGAGGACACAGAAGCACCUGUCGUACUCUCAGGCAAAAUGACCCUCUCUCUCAUCAGUCUCGACCAAAAUGCAGCUGAAUCAGAAGAUGAAAAUCAUGAAGUACAGGAAACGGAAGAUGCAAUCACCUUGGACAUGGAUGACAAGGAAAAGGAGUCAAGCGUUAAAACACUUGAAAGUGGUAUACAAGAAAAUGUACAGAUUAAGACAGAAACUGAACAUGCAAAUGAAGAUUACGAAAGGAGAGAAAUGAGAAUAGGCGAAGACGAAGAUGAAGAAGACGAAGUAGAAGACGAAGAGAUUGUGGAAGAGGAAGUGGAAGAAGAAGAUGAAGAGGUUGUGGAAGAGGAAUAUGAAGAAGAAGAAGAAGAAGAUGAUGAUGAUGAUGAUGAUGAUGAUGAAGAAGAAGAAGAAGAAGAUGAUGAUGAUGAUGAAGAAGAAGUGGGUAUAAGUGAGUAUGAAGAAGAUGAUGAUCCUGAAGAAGAGGAAGAAGAUCAACUAGAUGAAGAAGAAGAAGAAGAGGAAGAAGAAGAGUAUAUAGAAGAACUACCACUGGACUUAGUACAUAGAGGAGUAAAAACAGAAAUAAAAAAACAUGAAAAGGAGGAAGUAUAAGCGAACAUAGAUAAAAAAUGAUGAAGUAGAAAGAUAAAUUGCUACAGAUGGACAAGUAGUAGAAAUGGAAAUAGAUGAAAAUGAAGGAAAAGUUGAAGCAGUAAUAGAUGAAGAUGAAGACAACAGGUUGCCUUAUAGUGAAAAGACGUUGCAGACAAAAAUAACAGACUAAUAAUCAAUUAAAUCAGUGUUUACCAAUCUUUGAAAUUUACGUGAUAUUAUAAUAACGGUUUGCAAAAGUAACGCCAAACACUACAGAUGUUGGUCGAGCACUGCCAAACACCUAAUUUCAUAAGACUCGAUUUUACUGCAUGCUUACAUUAUUGCCUGUUGUAUUCUAUACUUCACGGAAUCAAAAAUUUAUGAAUCAGAGGGGCCAAGUAAGAGGCAGUGCUUCGUGCACAUGUCCGAUAGUGUCAUUGUGCAAUGAAGACCACAAAAUUAUAGUACAGUCAAUAGACACUAUAAUUAUCGACAUUGUUACGAUACUCAUUCUCAAUUGGGUACGAUGAUUGGCAAGCACUGAUCUGUAUGCUUGUGCACAUGCCAGUCGUUUCUGUUUAAUGCUACAUAGUAUUUUUUAUUACGCCAAAAAUUUAAUUACAAAUUCGUCCGCUCAUUUUUUUUAUUAAUGUUAAAGACUCAAUUUUACAUGGCAUACUAUAUAUAAUAUUUGUUCAGUUACAUUUAGAUGAACAUUUUUUAGUAAUAUAGCUUACAAAGUCAUUUAGUACGUAGAAUUGUCAUUUUCAUACCUAUGCUUAGUAAUGCAAUUCUUCUAUAUUAGAUGCCAGUGCAAGAUAUAAUCUUUAUUAUCCUUAUAUAUGAUUGCGUGUUGUUUAUUAUGUAAAAAUAAAAAAAAAAGAAACGCAAGUAAAAAUUCAAUGUAAUAUCUUGUGAAAGCUAGAGAAUUUGUUUCCUUGCAUGACAUUUUAUGGUACAUCGACGAUGUAUCGAUGUAUUGUAAUGUACAUACAUACACCAUUCAUUUUUUUUGUAAUUAUUACAAACGAAGUUGUUAGUAUUGUUAUAUAAUAUCUGUACAAAUAGAUAGAAUUGAUUGUCAAAUCGUAAUAAGCAAAAAAUGCGGAAAAUUGUUAAGUUUAUAAAAUUAUAUAGAAAAUAUACACACAUUGAAAGUAAAAUAAUUUUUUAACUUAUUUUUUAUAUUAUGACAUUUCAUAAUCCAUAAAAAUUUUUAUUGUUAUUGUAACUUUAAUUAAACUGUUAUAAUUUUCAAUUUAAAAUAAACCCACCCCUACAUAUUUCUACGUUAUAGAGCUGCCGCAUUUUUUGUAAAGAUUUUGGAAACAUAUUAAUAUUUAUUAUUUCCGAUUUAAAAAUUUUGCCUUGUCAUAAAAGCAUUAAAAAUGUUUGCUUAUCCUCGACACAGAAUGAUUUUAAUGUUGAUACAUUUCAUAAUUGUCCAGAAAUUUUUUUGCGGUUGCAAAUGUAAUUAGAUUGUUACUACAUAUACAGACACAUUCGUAAUCAUAUUUUAUUUAUUAUUAAAUAUACAUAUUUCAAUGCAGUAGUGAACCUCAACAUUGUUAUUAAAAAAUAAAUAAUAUACUAAA